AUGAAAUCUGUUCGUCAUAAGCGCAAGAAUACUGAGCCACUUGAACUGGAAUCCGCUAGAGAAGAAAAGGAAUCAGUGUCACCCGUGCUGCGCACAACAUGGAAUGCCCCUGUCUCUCCCUCUGCCCCCACUUCAUUGUCAGUUUUACCGGAUGAGGCCGUCAUUACGCCGAAGAAGCGUGGUACAGGCAGAUUCACUCCGAAGGGAGCGAAAUUCCGCGAUGCGAGCAAUCUCCUUUGUGAACCGGAACGAGGCACACAUUUCGCACCAUGGCAAGUUCUUUCUGGACUUUCUGUUCUGUUAGAACUGUUUUUCUUCAAUGAUUUCAUUAACAGGGCUGGAAUUACGACAGCUCAUCAAAAGUUCGAUGUAACGCCACUGUCGGAGAUCUUCGAAAAAGAAGCGGAAAUCGCGAAACUACCAAAGAAGGCAACGUCUCCCUUAUUGAAACAAGAAGGAAAUCGCACGCGAUGUAGACGUUCAUCGGGAAAAGUUUCUUGGUCGGAGACAGUUCCAUCGUUCUCGCCUGCUCCAGCUCCACUGAAGCCUUCGUUUUCUGAAAUUAUGAAGGAGGAGGAGCAUCGACUCAAGCAAGGAACUCGCCGAAUCUCGAGGCCGCUACAUUUCAUCGAAGACGAGGAGCGUGCGAUCGAAGAAUUAAUACAGUUGUAUCGAGAAAAUGUUGGGGACGAGGUGAUUGUGCGAGUCGAGCGAUGCAUUAAUGCAUGUGACGUAACAUCCUCAUAUUCACCAUUGUGGGCCAAUACACCACAUUUCAGGAUCUAG